CAUAAAUUUUCUAUUAUUUAUAAAAAUAAAUUAAUCUAAGUGCACUGAAUUUGAAGUUAAUAAAAGAUCCUCUUCGUUAUACUCCCUUCCAGUAGAAGCAACGAKUUAACCAAUACAUUACGUCACGUAACGUCCGUUUUAUAGCAACGUUCUGAAAACAUCUGUUUAGAACUUUGCAUAUGAGUUCGGCUUUUACUGAACAUACUGCAGAUAUCAGUUGCUUGUGAUGACAUUUCACUUUUGCAUAUGUGUGGUAUCCUUUUCAUAUAAUAAUAAUUCAGUUAACGCCGUAGCGAAAUCAUAAACAGUGUUGUAUUUUGAAAUAUUGUGUUUGAUUUUAAAAGUCCGCCAGUUGAUAUCAAAGUCAAUUGCAACCCUAUUCACAACUGUCUGUCAAUUCGCAAAAGGUUUCGCAGUCGCAGCAGCGAAAUAAAGUUGACAAAGACAGCAAGGCGAAAGAAACAUCAAAAGUCAGCAGAGCAGUUGAAAAUGAAGAAGUUUGCAAACGGUAUAAAGAUAUAAAUGCCAAGAAGGAAAUAAAAAAAGCAAAGAAAAGCGGAGAGAACGAAAGAAAAAUAUAUUUUGACAACGUUUUUUUCCAUUCGCGAAACAAACUACGUCUUAUAAAACAAAAUAAUCAGUUUAAAAUUUAGCUGAAAUACAAAAUUGAUCAUAAAAAGAUAGCGAAACACAUAUUAAUAAUCGUUGAAAGUGCAAAACAGUGAACGGGUUCGGGCAAAAAAGCCUGGAAGGUGACGAGGAUCAACCAAAUAAAACAGUAGCAACGAAAACUUACUGAGUACGAUUCCAUUGAAUUCAAUUUGCGUAUAAUAAAUAAUAAAGCUGAACUGAUAAAACGCAAAGAGUUUUAAGGAGGUGUAAAAAUAGACAAAGGCAAGAAUUCAGCAGAACCAUGAGUGUUGUACGACACUUCGUGCUACUGUCACAAUUGCCUAGACUUGGACCAAAUUACUACUGGUUAAAAGGGCAUACAUCAGUUGCGUGACGUAGGCGGCGAGGGUGUGCAACAGGGCAUGCUGAAAAUGCUGGAAGGCACCAUCGUUAACGUACCCGAACGUAAUUCACCGCGUAAAUUACGAGGCGAGACUGUACAAGUGGACACGACGAAUAUACUUUUUGUGGCGUCGGGCGCCUAUACUGGACUGGAUCGUCUUAUUGCAAGGCGACUCAACGAAAAGUAUUUGGGUUUCGGCAUACCAUCAACAAMUUCGUCCGGGCGUCGUGCCGCUCAAUCGACCGCUUCUCCGAUGGACAGUGAUCAGGAGGAACGCGAUAAAAGCCUGAAAAAAGUGCAAGCUAGAGAUCUCGUCGAAUUCGGCAUGAUACCUGAAUUUGUUGGUCGCUUCCCCGUCAUUGUACCCUUCCACAGCCUCAAUGUGAGUAUGCUGGUGAGAAUUCUAACCGAACCCAAGAAUGCCUUAAUACCGCAAUACAAGGCGCUCAUCGGCAUGGAUAAGGUGGAGUUGACAUUCGAGCGUGAUGCCAUCGAGUCGAUAGCCGCCAUGGCAAUGGAGCGUCAUACCGGCGCACGUGGCCUCCGUUCGAUUAUGGAGCAAUUGUUACUAGAUCCCAUGUUUUUGGUGCCCGGUUCCGAUAUCACCGGUGUACACAUCACCGCCGACUACGUGAAGGGCGACGCACAGCCAGUGUAUGUACGCAAAGAAAAUGGCGAUGACGGUACCGCGGAUGAGAAUGAUAGUGAGGGUAAAAACUAUGAGGACAGCGAAAGCGCCAAAGUACGCAUCACGCAAUAAAUUGACACUAUAGUACACGUCAGAAAUGUUGCGGCAACAUGUUGCUAUCACAGCAGUGCAUGAGUGCUUUUGCUUAAACAAAAACCAAAAAAAAAUCGGCUUUUGUUCGAAGCUUUCUCACCAAAACAACAACAAAAAGCGAGACAAAUGUGUUUGCGGUUGCGUUGUGGCGUUGCGUUGGUCCUCCAUUUACUACCACUACACAAAUUGUUCAAGUACACCCCGUACUUUACGUUAUAUUUUUGAACAGCUAU